AAUUGAAUGGAUUAAUGCUUAAACCCUACCCUGGUGUAUUGUUGAAGUAGGCAAAUGGAUUCAGCGAAUGGAGCAAUGGUGGAAAUGGAAGUGGAGAGAUUAAGCGAAUGGCGCGUGAAUCGUGGCCCCUACCUCGGAGACAUUUCAGCACUCUGUUUUCUUCAUCUUCCCAAUCACUCUCUUCCUUUUCUGCUCGCUGGUUUGGGUUCGGAAAUUCUUCUCUACAACUUAGAACUCGUUAAGAUCGUGAAAUCAUUCUCCGUAUUCGAAGGAGUUCGCGUGCACGGAAUUGUUUCUAGCUCGCCACAAGAAACCAAUGCCUCUGUAACCGUAAUUGCCGUGUUUGGGGAGACAAGAGUUAAGCUAUUUAGCUUCGCUUUUGAUAGGGUUUCUAAGAGCCCACAGUUAACGCUGAUUCAUUUGUUGCCAAAGUUUGGUCACUGGGUUUUGGAUGUUUGCUUCCUCAAGGGAUGCUUGCCUCAUUCCAAUGUGGAGAGCCAGUUUCUUGCUGUAGGAUGUAGUGAUAAUUCAGUUCAUGUUUGGGACGCAUGUAAUUCUAAUACGGUUCUUAAGGUUCAAUCUCCAGUACGGUGCCUUCUGUACUCAAUGCGAUUAUGGGGUCGCAAUCUUGAAGUUCUCCGUAUUGCAUCUGGUACAAUAUUCAAUGAGAUUAUUGUUUGGAAAGUGGCCCCUCAACACAAUAAAUCUUCAAGAAGCCGAGAAGACCAAGAUUGUUGGAGUAUUUCAUCCUCCAAUUUCUGCCAACUAAAAGAUCAACUGUAUGAGGCUGUUCAUGUAUGUAAACUUGUUGGACAUGAAGGUUCAAUUUUCCGAAUAGCAUGGUCAUCUUGUGGAGCUAAACUGGUAUCUGUCUCUGAUGACCGGAGUGCACGUGUCUGGGCUGUUCCUAUUGAAAGGGAACAUUCAUUGUGUCAUGAUCCCAUUGCCCUUGUUUUAUUUGGACAUAAUGCUCGAGUUUGGGACUGCUGUAUUUCUGAUUUUUUGAUUGUCACUGUCAGUGAGGAUUGUACAUGUCGUAUAUGGGGAGUUGAUGGUAAACAACUGCAAGUCAUCAAGGAGCACAUUGGAAGGGGUAUAUGGAGAUGUUUGUAUGAUCCAAAUUCAUCUCUUCUUAUUACUGCUGGGUUUGACUCUGCUAUUAAAGUACAUCGACCUUAUGCUUCUCUGUCUAAGAGCUUGGAAGCAGCACAAGAGUCCCCUGACAGGACAGAGAUGUUUUCCAUUUGCAUCCCCAAUGUGGUGGAGCAUUUUGGAUUUAUGGACAGCAAGAGUGAAUAUGUUCGUUGUAUGCGCUUUUCCUGUCAGGAUUCUCUUUAUGUUGCUACCAAUCAUGGUUAUCUCUAUCAUGCUAAAUUAUGUGAUGCUGGAGGUGUUCAGUGGAAUCAACUUGUUCAGGUCAGCAAUGGGGCACCAAUUAUCUGUAUGGAUUUAUUAACCAAGGACUCAUUUGAAAUUGACUGUGGUGCUGAGGAUUGGAUGGCUAUUGGAGAUGGUAAAGGAAAUAUGACAAUUGUUAGAGUUACUAAUGCUGCUUGUAAUCCUACAGUGAGAUUGAGCUUUACUUGGCCAGCUGAAAUGGAGAGACAGCUCUUGGGUACUUCUUGGUGUAAAUCCAUGGGCUGUAGGUAUGUCUUUACAGCUGAUCCUAGAGCAACAUUGAAACUCUGGAGGUUGCCUGAUACUUCACAACCUGAUCUUCAGAGCUCAACAAGGAGUAAUAAUGUGUCACUUAUAGCAGAGUUCAUAUCAAAUUAUGGAAUGAGGAUAAUGUGCUUGGACAUAUGCAUGGAGGAAGAGGUCCUGGCAUGUGGAGAUCUACGUGGUAAUGUGAUUCUGUUCCCUUUGCUAAAAGAUCUGGUGGCAGACACAUCUGCUUCACAUGAAAUGAAGAUACCUCCAGUUAGUCAUUUCAAAGGAGUUCAUGGGAUUUCAAGUGUCUCCAGUGUUUCUGUGACUAGGCUUGGUUAUAAUCAGAUUGAGAUAUGCUCAACUGGAGCAGAUGGUUGUAUAUGCUAUCUUGAAUAUGAUAAAGAAACACAAAAUUUGCAAUUUACGGGGAUGAAACAAGUGAAGGAGUUGACUUUGAUUGAACAUGUAAUGGAUAACGACUCUGUUGAUAGAUCAUCUAGCAGAUAUGCAGCUGGUUUUGCAUCUGUAGAUUUCAUAGUUUGGAACUUAGUUAACGAGAAUAAGGUGGUGAACGUUCCAUGUGGCGGAUGGCGGCGUCCUCAUUCAUAUUAUCUAGGUGAUAUACCAGAGAUGAAGAAUUGCUUUGCCUUUGUCAAGGAUGAAAUGAUACAUAUACAUAGACACUGGAUUUAUGAUAUAGAUGGGAAGAUAUACCCUCAGAGUUUGCAUAUGCAGUUCCAUGGAAGAGAGAUACAUUCCCUGUGCUUUAUCUCCAAUGAUGUACUUAUUGGAGAUAGUUAUAAAUGUACCUUAUUUUCUAAAUCAAGUUGGAUUGCCACUGGCUGUGAAGAUGGAACUGUGAGGUUGACUUGGUAUUCUCCAGGUGUUGAAAAUUGGUCCACGUCAAAAUUGCUUGGUGAACAUGUUGGAGGAUCGGCAGUCAGAUCAAUUUGUUGUGUGUCAAAAGCACACACCAUUUCAUUAGACAUGGGUGAUGGUGAUGCACCUGAUGGGGGUAGUGAACUGAAUGCUGGUCUUGAAAACAAAGAUAAUCCAACAUUACUGAUAUCAGUGGGUGCAAAGCGUGUCUUAACUUCUUGGCUACUCAAACAUAGGAGGCUGGACAACAAAGGUGAUUUACCAACUGAUCAUCAAUACAAGUCACAAGGAUUUGAUGAUAAACUUUUGUCAAAUUUGUCCUCAUCAAUGACAUUCCAGUGGCUUUCCACUGAUAUGCCAGCCAAGUAUUCAAUUACACCCAAAAUUCCAGAAAAUAAUUUGGAAAAACUUGGGGUCGCUGAAAAUGUUUCUAAUACAAACAUUGAUGAUAGACCGGGAUCACUCAUUUCUGAAAGUGGAAUAACAAACUUGAUCAGAGAUAAACAUGAAGAUGACUGGAGAUAUCUUGCAGUCACUGCUUUUCUUGUUAAAUGUUCUGGUUCCAGGUUAUCUGUCUGUUUUGUUGUUGUUGCAUGUUCAGAUGCUACUCUUAUGUUACGGGCUUUAAUUUUGCCCUUUCGAUUGUGGUUUGAUGUCGCUUUACUGGUUCCUUUAUUGGCACCUGUUUUGUCAUUGCAGCAUAUCAUCUUUCCCAUACAUAGGCCUUCCAAAGAAAUCAUCCAAAAUGAUAAUGUUUAUAUUGUGAUUAGUGGCUCUACCGAUGGAAGUGUUGCUUUCUGGGACCUAACUGAUAGUGUUGAGUCUUUCAUGAAGCGAGUUUCAGUUUUUAAUGUAGAGAAGUUUUUUGAUUGUCAAAAACGGCCACGCACUGGGAGAGGAAGUCAGGGUGGUAGACGCUGGAGAUCUUUGAGCAAUAGCUUGUCAAAGAAAAGACAAGACAGUCUUCUGGUCACCUCAAAAGCCAAGGACAAGACCAAAAACAUCGUUUGUGCUACACAGGGGACUUCAUACAUACCAAGUGAUUCUGAAGAUUGCAAGAUGGUUUGUUCUCAAUCCACACAUGUACCUUACUCCAAGCUAGAAAUCAAGACUGAUAAUUCAUCGGUGGAAAUAUGUGAAAUACAGCCUCUACACCUUUUGCAAAAUACUCACCAAUCUGGGGUCAACUGUCUCCAUGUUUCAGAGAUAAAGGGUGGCCAAAAUACUGAUAGUUGUCAUGUGUACAGUAUAAUUAGUGGGGGUGAUGAUCAAGCACUUCAUCAUCUCAUAGUUGAAUUAUCAUCUAAAUCAAAAUGUUUAAAUGAUGGGAUUUUGACCCCCGAUUUGGUCCCUAAACCUGAAUAUGGGAAGGGCAUCGAUUUUCAAAGCCAGAGCAAGAAUUGUGAGAUAAGAUUCUUAAAUUAUGAAAAAUUACUCUCUGCUCACAGCUCUUCUGUCAAAGGUGUCUGGACAGAUGGAUCUUGGGUGUUUUCGACUGGACUUGAUCAGAGGGUCAGAUGCUGGCAUCUUCAGCGGAGCAAACUAAUUGAGCAUUCACAUCUAAUAGUUAGUGUGCCAGAGCCAGAAACGUUAUCUGCUAGGGCAUGUGGCAGGAACCAUUAUCAGAUUUGUGUUGCUGGAAGAGGGAUGCAAAUAAUUGACUUUUCUGGAUCCUGACCAGAUUGAUGACUGGUGUGGAAUGUGAAGUGGCUGCUGUUAUUGUUUUGCUGUUAUUGAUGACUGGUCCUAACCUCAUCCUGAUGAUAAUUACUCGAGGCUCAGCAAAAUGGCUGACAAAAAUCAAACGUACUUGAUGUGAUCAGGCAUAAGAGUCUUAACAUAGACUUCAAAAGGAAAAAGCUUCCCAAAGUGUGCAUGCUGAUCAUAAGACUCUUACCAUCGCGCACAAGAUGCAUUUGCACUCCACAGGAACACGAUAUGUCUCAAUGUUUAGGCUAUGGUAGUUAAAAGCUCUAGAGAAAUUAUAGUUUCAAACGGAUCUUGCUAACGAGUUCUUAAAAAUACUAGUUUAAAAAGCUGAUGAUUUUU